CUGUGUCCGGGUCGUUCUCGCCGUUCUCUCCGCAGCCGAUACCGCCCGCGCUCGCUCCCGCCCCCGGCACGACACCCGCUUCUGCGAACGGAGCGGCGGCGGCGUCUGCCCGCGGCGAGCGGGGGGCGGCAGCGCCCGGUGGGGCUGGGGAGGACCAGCAGGAACGGGGUCUCCUCUCGUUUCCUCACCGCCGGUCUCGGGAGGCGGCGGCGGCCAGGGGAAGCGAGCCCGGGGGGGCCUCGGCUGCGGGCCCCGGCAGCGGGGCGGCCCCGCCCCGAGGCAGGACGAUGCCGGUGAAGAAGAAGAGGAAGUCCUCGGGGGCGGCAGCGGCGGACGACACCGGCCUCAAGAAAUGUAAACUCGGCAGAUCACAAGCAUCUGGUAAAGUAAUAAGUGGAGAGGAACAUUUUUCAAGCAAAAAGUGCCUGGCUUGGUUUUAUGAAUAUGCAGGUCCUGAUGAAGUUGUAGGCCCUGAAGGAAUGGAAAAAUUCUGUGAAGACAUCGGUGUUGAACCUGAAAAUAUUAUUAUGUUAGUUUUAGCCUGGAAACUAGAGGCUGAAAGCAUGGGAUUUUUUACCAAGGAAGAAUGGUUAAAAGGAAUGACCUCAUUACAGUGUGACUGUACAGAAAAAUUACAGAGUAAAUUUGACUUCUUACGGUCACAGUUGAAUGACAUUUCAUCCUUUAAGAAUAUCUACAGAUACGCCUUUGAUUUUGCAAGGGAAAAAGACCAGCGAAGUCUUGAUAUUGAUACUGCAAAGUCCAUGUUAGCUCUUCUGCUCGGAAGAACUUGGCCACUGUUUUCAGUAUUUUAUCAAUACCUGGAGCAAUCGAAGUAUAGAGUUAUGAACAAGGAUCAGUGGUACAAUGUACUAGAGUUCAGCAGAACUGUCCAUGCAGAUCUUAGCAACUAUGAUGAAGAUGGUGCAUGGCCUGUACUUCUGGAUGAAUUUGUUGAAUGGCAGAAAGUUCGUCAAGCGUCAUAGCAAGAAUUCAAAAGAAAAUGCAAAAGUUUUUUUUUGAUGCCCGCCUGUACACAAAGUAAUGAGAAAAACAAAGGAUUGCAUUUUCAUUCAUAAGAAAGACUUGACAGUAAUUUUUUUUUCCUUUUUUAAGGAGACUUUUUCUUGUUACAUGUGAUAUGGGCAUUGAACCACACCUCUUCUGAGACUGAAAGUUGGAGUUCUUGUUUUGAGUCUUAUGUUUAUAGCAUUUCUUUCAGAACAAUAAAGAUUCAGAUUUGUGACAAAGGCCUAAAAGUGAA